CGAUUCGAGCAGCUUGUACAGUGCAGCUAACCUCGAAAAGGUGAAAAGGGAAAAGCGAUGGUCAGCACCAUUUAAUGUUAUUUAGAUUUCUAAGAAGUUUAAUCUUUUUUAGUUUUCUAAUUAGUAUUUAAGGCAUCUUAUUAAGAUUAAACCCUGAACGCUAAGCAUAAUUUUAAUCUUUAAAACGUAAAGAAGCCGCUAGAAAUACUAGAAAGUAAGUAAAACGGCCCGUGGCCGCCCGGGAAGCGAAAGAAGUGUGCCAGCGAGCCAGCCACCCCGUGUACCCGUGUACCCGAAGCAGGCAGCAGCGCGUGUACGUGCUAAGUGAAUAAACAUAUACAAACACACACGCGCACCUCUGCAGGAGAGUGAGAGGCCCCCUCCACCCUCAACACAAACCCCACGCAAAUUCGCCGACGGUAGUGUAGGUGAGGAAGUGUGUGUGAGUGUGUAUCCAGCCAGCAUCCGGCCAGUGGUGUAAACAGGUACCAGGCCAGCCUCAUCACGACGUAUCCCCCAGGCAACGAGGUGUAUCAGCAACCGGCGCGGGCCCCUGCACGGAACCGCAACAGUGAGGGUAGCAGCAGCAGCCUCGGUGGCAGGAAGAUGCAUCCAUCGAAAAAGAUGAUCCCGGCCGAACUGGAUGAUCAUGAGAAGGGCAAGCUGUUCGUCGGCGGGCUGUCCUGGGAGACGAGCCACGAGAACCUGCAGCGCUACUUUAGCCGGUACGGCGAGGUGAUCGACUGCGUGGUGAUGAAGAACAACGAGACCGGCCGGUCGCGCGGGUUCGGCUUCGUGACGUUUGCCGAUCCGGAGAACGUGGAGCGGGCGCUCGAGAACGGGCCGCACACGCUGGACGGGCGGACGAUCGAUCCGAAGCCGUGCAAUCCGCGCUCGCAGCACAAGCCGAAGCGCACCGGCGGCUACCCGAAGGUGUUCCUCGGCGGGCUGCCGCCCAACAUCACCGAGACGGAUCUGCGCUCGUUCUUCUGCCGGUACGGCACCGUCAUGGAGGUGGUGAUCAUGUACGACCAGGAGAAGAAGAAGUCGCGCGGCUUCGGCUUCCUGUCGUUCGAGAACGAGAGCGCGGUCGAGCGUGCGACGACGGACCACUUCGUGCACAUCAGCGGCAAGCAGGUGGAGGUGAAGAAGGCGGAACCGCGCGACGGCAAUCAGAACAACAGCAACAGCAUGAACACCGACUCGUACCAGUGGGGCUCGCCGCAGGCACCCCCGAUGGGCAACGGGCAGAUGGGCGGACCGCCGAUCAACAUGCAGUCGAACAUGAUCCAGGGCUACCAGGGCUGGGGCACGUCCCAGCCGCAGCAGGGCUACGGCGGGUACGGGGCCGGUGCGGCCGGUGCCGCCAACGCGUACCAGAGCUGGGGAGCGCCGCCGCCACCGCAGCAGUGGGGCAACUACAAUGCCACGCCGCAGCAAACGCAGGGCUACGGUGGGUACGACAUGUACAACAACUCGGGCGCCGGUAGCGCCGGCGGGUACGGGUCCGGCAACUGGAACUCGUGGAACAUGCCGCCGAACACGGCCGGCUCGGCCGCUGGCUCGACCGCGGACAUGUACACGCGCCCCCAGUCCGGCCCGACCGCCGGUCCGGGCGCCUCGGCCGGCCCGACGAGCGGUGGCCCGUCCAAGCCGGGCUCGGAGUACGGUGGCGGUUCGGCCGCGUACGGUGGUGGUGCGGCUGCUGCGGCGGCUGCCGCUGCCGCCGCUACCGCCGGCUACAACUACUACCAGAGCGACCAGAACACGUACAACAACCGGCCGCGCUCGGUGUACGGUGCCGGCAGUGAUGCGACCUCCCAGCCGCCCUACCAGGCGUUCUAGAUGGGCGAGCGGAUUGAUGCUUCCGACGUUGCUGCGGGCCGUUUGGCGGGCAUGGAACGCCCAUCGUUGGCAGCGGGAGGAUACGCGUUUGGUGGGCCCGUUAGCGGAGCAAGCGUCCAAGCGCCACUUCCAGCAGCAGCAGCAGCAGCAGCAACAGCAUCGGUGCUCAAUCGUGGUCAGCGUUUACUGUAAGGAGGAUCAAUAAGAAAAUAGAGAGCACACACACACGCAACCAUUUUUUGGCGUCCUAUAAAUUACACGAAUCGAAUGGAAAGGAACAAAAAGAAGAAAAAACUAAGAAAACAGAAAGCAUUAGAAAGCAUCAGCGCAGUGUAACAGCAACAACAAUAGAAACAGCAUCAUGCAUACACAGCAACAUACAGAUAUACAAAAAUACCCUCUGUAAAUCGAUUUAGUAGAGUGAAGUGGAACGGGCCCACAGCGUCGAGCAAGGGGUCGGAAUUCCAUCAGGAUUUUAGCAGAAGUAAGCACCCAUACGCUAGAUAAGAGAGGAAAACUAAACAAAAAAAAAUCUGACGAUCAUGAUGAUGAUGGAACUUUCCGAUGAAUUGUUUCAUAAAACACUGUCCGCUUGGGAAACUCACUCAUACAUACAACAAGCUAAAAGUGUGGAGGGGGUGGACAGACAUCGUAUUUCAUUCAAUUACAAGCAAGAGCAUGGAGUAUAUACAGCAGCAACAAACUCUAUAUACAUUAUAAAUAAUUAUAUAUAUACAUAUAACAAGGAAGAAAACAAAACAAAAGGUAAAAUCAUAUAAACAAAAUGAGGGAUUCUUAUAAGGUGAGCAACAACAAAAAAAAAAAAGAAAAGAAAACACGGAAAAACAAAAAAAGGAUGCUUAGCAAAGAUUAUAAAAAAAAAACAAGUAACUCUAGUAACUACUAUUAUAAACAACAAGAACAACCACAUCCAUAUUGCAUAUAAAUGUUCGCAAACACAAAACACACACCCACACACAAAACACACUACAAUCCUCCCCAUAAAAAAAAUACUGGUGAAGAAAUAAGAAGAGCAAAAACACAACACAAAUGGAGUAAAAGAUAGAUAGAGCGAUGAUGGUGGUAUGCGUAGGAAAGCGAAGCUAAUUAGAAGGAGAAGAUAAUAAUACUAACUAAUUACAUUUACUUUGCGCGACUUUAGAAUGAGGAAGCAAACAAAACACACAAAUUCAUGAUAAGUAGUUUACGAUAGAAACAAAAGCAAGAGAAAGAGAGAUAGAGAGAUAGAAAGAGAGUUAUAUAAAGCUGGAAGCUGGAAAACAUGUAAAAGAUGCAAGUAUAGGAGCGAAGCGCUGUAACAACCACGGUUAAUAUUUGGAGGGGUAAUAUGGUAGAGUUUGAAGAAAACCGGUGGCGUUCGGGGGAUGAGAAGUACUAAAAACUACAAAUUUUCCUUUAAAUGCAGAACCCACACACACACACACACACACUUGUACACAGAGAGAUUGGAUUUAGUGUGAGGAAAGAGAGCGAGAGAGAGAGAGAUGGUUGGAUUUGUUGUUGCAUUGAAACAUUGUUUCCUGUUCUGGUGGAAAUAGUAACGGAUUGUAUUAAAUUAACACUAGUUUUUCACACUUCUUUUUUAAGCAGAUAAAUGGGUGGAAACUCGGACAUUACACACACCUACCACACACCCACCUUACCACCUAUCUUUCGAGUUUUGUUUAUACACCUCAUUUGCAUACACACACACGCGCGCGCGCGCUCGCGAAUAAUUAACUGUUGCCGGCAAUAUCGGGGAGGAGGGAGAGGGUGUGUAAAAGUAAGUUAGCCUCUGUGUGUUGUUUUAAAGUAUAAUAUUCGUAUAGUAACUUUCGAAAUAGAAACAGACGAAACGCGUCAAUCUUUGUAAUUGGGUGUGAAAUUGUUAUUGAAUUGGAUUGUGGGAAGAGAUUGCUUCUGUUUUUUUUUUUUUAAUAUAACACACAACAAGAAACAAAAGAAAAACAUAAACGUGCAACACUGAACACAUAAUACCGGCAAUUAAUAUAUAGCGAGGCAGAGUGGCAGACAGACAGAGAGAAAGCGCUGAAAGUAUCGUUUGUGUUGGUCGAUGUGUAGGAAAACACAGUAAAGCUGUUUCGCUUUUUUUUUUUUGAAAAUUAUCUCUGCGUGUAUGUGCGUAUGCUGUGUGUCCCACAUAUAAAGAGUUUUUUUUUAAAGUAACAAACUAGAAACAUACAUACCAAUUUGAAGACAAAGUUAAAGAGACAAACACCACCGCAAACGAAAGGAGGAUUGUUUGGUUUUGUUUUCAAUUAUCUUUCCCUCCAACACACACACACACACCGUUGUACGUGAACUGUUUGCAGCCUGUUUUCUUUCCAUUCGUUUAAUUUUUUUAUAUAUGAUAAAUAUUAUUUUUUCGAUUUUGUUUUAUAAAACACCAUUUACUUUAAUUAUCGAUCUAUGAAUAAUGCUAGCUUGUUCUGUUCUUUUUUAAUCGUAUGCUAAACAUACACACACACACACACAUUCACACGUACUGUAGUAGUGCCCUCUAGUAGUCACACUCUAGUGUCUGGCCAGAGCUUCCACAAAGACACAAACCAACGGUCGAAAUGGUCCUUUUUUGGCACAACUUUUCCUUUCCCCCUUCUGGAGUUUUUUUUUUGUUUUGUUUUAAUUUGAUUUGUACCACCUGGGCGUAUGUAUGCUAAGUUCGCUUUUAUCCCUAUUAUACCGUCAUUUUAUGGGUAGCACACAAGCGAUAUGUUAAACGAGAGACACGAGCAGAGCCAGUUUAAAACUGUGGGUAGAUGUAUUUCAGUUCUGGCAUGUCUGGUGUCAACACCAGGGGAAGAACGAUAGGAUUAACGCACGCAAGAAUUCAAUUGUGAAAACUUUAUCAUUUUAAAAUAAUGCGUAAAUAUGCGGUAGUUCAGCUUCUCGUCUCGUUUGUGAAGGAUAUUCUUUUUCCGAGUGCGCUAGUGUACUCACUUUUAAGCUAGAACAAAACAAGGCUAACAAUGGCAAGGCUCCCUGCCAAAAUACCGGCAAUGGCUGCGGAUGAAGCAUGGCUGUUAGUUAAGAAUCAUUGUGCAGGUCAUACAAAAAGAGAAAGAUAUGUAAUGGCAAUUAGCAGUUAAUUUCGUGCGCGCCAAUAUUAUGCUAGGAGAAGAAAGCACUUACACACACACACACACACAAACCACUAUUUUUAGCGGUGGGGAAAGACGGUGAUUGUUUUAAACAAAAAAAGGAUAGUAGUAACAACACUUGAUUUAUCACGCCUUGAUCAUCGAGAAAGGCAUACCUAAGGAUAUAUUAGUAUUUGCUUUCCUUUUCUUUUAAUGUGGAAUUCUAUUAUUGUACAUUUUAGAGAGCAUCCUACCUACCUACACCCCUGUGUAUUGUGUCAAAAAACUGUUCGCGGACGAUUAAUAUUAAAAUGUAAAAUGUAUGCCCUGUGAGGGAGGGCAGGAUUGUUCUCACGCGCGCGCGGCUUUUUAAUGAUUGUAACAAAAAAAACCGACUUUGUGCUUUUAUUCUGUUUUCCUCAUUCCUUUUUCGUGUUUUGUUUUCUUCUUCUAUCUCUGUAACAGCUCUUUUAUUUAACAUUAUUUUUUAUUUAAAUGCCCCCCUCUGUGUCUGUUCCUUUGUUCCCUUUUUCAUCUAUGAACUAGUUUUCCACGGAGUUUUCGAAUAAGUAAAGUGGAAAAACUAGAAUAUUUUUCUGUUUUUUUUUUGCUUGUUUUAAAGAACGCAGCAGGCGGGCUUUCUAAUAGUAGGAGCAUACAACUACACGUAAGGUACAUAGAUCACGCGCGCACGCACGCACGUGUGUAUCGCGUAUCUUAAGAACGAGAACUGAUAUUGUGUAACUUUUUAGCGAGGAAGUUAAUAACAAAACAAACAAAAUCAUACUGUAUCGAACUGAGCGAAUACCGGUGCGUCGGUGUGUGUGUGUGUGUGUGUGUGCAUGUGCGUGUGUUAGCAGAUAAAACAACACCCGCAAGGGCACAGGGCUUCUCGCGCACGUGUUUGCUCAUUGCGCAAAAAAUAUUGUUUGUGGUGCGCGUUUUUAAGCGUAUGUAUGUGCGUGUGUCCUAUGUUUCCUAGGAAACGAAAAGGAUAACUGCAUUAGCGGAGGGGUGUUGUUGGUGUUGUUGUUGUUGGUUAAGCCCAAGUAAUUGUUAUAAUGAAGCAUAUAAGGAACCAGAAAUGAAACAGAAAUAGUUUAUUUUUUCUCUCUCUCUCUUUCUGUAUUAUAAGGUGUCCCUUCUUUUUUGUUUUAACAAAUUAGUGCAACAAAAACCUAGAAAUCAAACUAAAAUAGUGGAUAAACCAACUUCUCCAACAGCUAAGGUUAGAGGCGUGUUGUGCGUUUGUUUGUUGAAUGCGUGAAAGGGAAUGUUUGAAUGAGCAAGGCAGAAAGAUAUCGUGCGUGUGUGCGUGUGCGUGUGUGUGUGGGUUAAGAAUUCUGUUCUAAAACAAAAACUACUAGAGUGUAACACAGAAAAUUGUUUAAGAAAAAAAAGGGAAGAAAAACUCAACCACCAAGCAAGCAACAACGGAUUAAAGCUCGGGAGAAGAGGUCCGAGAUUUUGUAGGUUAGGUGUAAAGCAAGUAACAACAAUAAGCUAAAAAAGAACAUCAGUUAAGAUACCGCCGGAAGCCCUGUUUUAGUAGUGUUUUGUUUGAUUUUUUUUGUUUUGCAUAAGAACUGGUAAAGAACUAGGUUUAAAAAAGAAGCGUCAGAUAACUUAAACAAUAGUGAAUAGACAUCGUUAGUAGAGACAGAUAGUAGACACACACACACAUAUACACACAUGCACACACACACACAGCGAAGUGGAGGCGCGCGUUCAACGUCUAAAAGAGAAGAAAAGCGUGAAUUUUCCUAUUGUUUUCCCACGGAAACAAAACGAAUGGUAUCGAAUACCCGUUAGUUUUUGUUUGCUUCCUUUUUAACAACACACACACCCCCCCCCCAGGGUGCGUGAUAUUAGUGUUGAGAUGUUAAUUAUGUUUCUUUUUUUUCUGUGUGUGUAGAGUCACUUCCAUGUUUUGAUGUAUUUUAAAAGUAAUGCUACUAUGCUAUGACCAUUACUUACUACUAGUACUACUACUACUACUACUAACUACCACGUACGUAUGUUCUCCUCUUGGCUGGCCUGCGUUAGCGAGCCGGAAAGUAAGAUAGUUUAGAAGCUUAUACCCACAGUUGUUCCCCUUUCCCUCCUCCUCCUCAACCAUCGUGUUACAAUCCAUGUUACCUUGUCAUACUCCGACCCUAAGUGGCCCUUUUCUCCCCACCGCCCGUUCGGAAUGCGACUGGCUACGUUAAUUUGCAACACAUCGUCCGGUUGAUCCUGCUUCCUUCCGUUUUGUUUUAAGAAGGAUGUACCGUUUGUUCAUUCUUGUCGUUCGUUUGUUUGUUUGUAGUGCUUUCUUAAGGUAAUGUGUGUAGUAGGCAAGUGUUAGGCAACUGAACUGAGCUAAGGAAAAGUGAGGAAAAAUACAAAAACCAACAGCUACCACCACUCCAGGAGGGCAACAGCGUGUGUGCGUCGUGUGUGUGUGUGUGUGUGCUAUCCCCCCUCCUCCCGCUAGAAGAAAAUCCUAUGAGGAAAACAAAGUGGCGAACGGUAGCGAGCGAGUGAGAAAUUUGCGUUUAAUUUUAUGUAUGUUCCGCUUUAUGAUUAAUUUGUUUAUGCGUUUUUUUUUCUUUAAACUUCAUUAUCUUCUUCUGUGUAAUUUGCUAUCUUUUCUUCUUUUUUUUGUCGGAUAUUUGCAUAAAUAUAUAUACACUACCAUUAUAAUAGAAGCAUACAACCGUAUCGUUUUGCUCACUUUUUGCUGUA